AUGGAUGCAGAUUCUAGACAUUUUCGGGAGAACAUACGAUUCUUCAACGGGCAUUUUGCCUUCACAACCCUUGGCGUCAGCCUUGAUGAAAACUACACAAACAUGAAGUCUGGGGUGUACACAUUCCGGGCACACGGCACCAUCUACCACAAUGUGCAUUCGUUCGGGCCUAGCUCCCGUCCUGAACAUCUGCAGUUGUACUUCUAUGAUGACGACCCAAAUCUUAAUCAUCGUAAGGCGGCGACCAAUCAAUUAGACCAGGAUGUCGUGAAGAUGUUAGUAGACAUACUCAAAGAAAACCCAUACUCCCAGCAAUUUAGGAGUUUGGGUGCACACAAGGACAACCUCGAUGAUUAUAGGAUAGACCUAAACACCGAUAAGAGGCUUGACCAAAGAAGAUAUAAUAGACCGCUGUCAACUGAGGUUGCUGCAAUUUGGGUUGAGGGCAGUGACCUAGCCAAAAGGUUUGACAGGAGGAUAACGCUUUGUGGUAACAACAACAAAAGGCACAAGGGGAAUAGCAGGUUAUGCGUCUCCGUUAGAGACUACUACUGUUACAUGCUGCAAACAUGGCCUGCGAUCUUCAAUCCCAUACUCUGUGGAGCACGCCUGCUGCAGCAAUGGGCGGUCGACAUGUACAUCAAGAUUGAGAGUUGUCGGUUGAGGUGGUACAGGAAGAACCAGACGCAGAUUCGUGCCGACUUGUAUAAAGGAGUUGUUGAUGCGAUCACAUCGGGGGAGACGAGAGCAAGCGCUGUUGGCACCCGAAUAGUUCUCCCUGGAACAUACCCUGUUGGCGACCGCGACAUGAAGAAGAGGCAUAUGGAUGCCAUGGCAAUUGUCCAUACAUACGGGAAGCCUGACAUCUUCUUGACCAUGACUUGCAACCCUAAAUGGGAAGAGAUAACAAAUGAGUUGCUUCCUGGUCAGACGACGCAAGACCGACCUGAUAUUGUGGCUCGCGUGUUCUACGGCAAACUAGAGGCUAUGAAAUACAUGUUGUUCAAGAAGCAUAUCCUGGGUGUUGUGGUCGCUUACGUUUACGUAGUCGAGUUCCAGAAGAGGGGCCUCCCCCAUGCACAUUUUCUGUUGAUCAUGGAUUCAACAUAUAAGCUUGUCGUCCCGGAGCAGUAUGACCGACUAAUUUCUGCAGAGCUCCCAAACAAGCAGAAGUAUCCGGAAUUGCAUGCAUUGGUGAAUGUUUGCAUGCAAGAUAACGAAUGCAAGUGCAAAUACCCGCGCCCGUUCAAUGAGAACACAGCACAAGGCAAGGACUCAUACCCAGUUUAUCGGCGUAGAGACGAUGGAAGCUGUGCUAAGGUCCGAGGGAAAAUGUUGGACAACAGAUGGGUUGUGCCUUAUAACCCUUACCUUCUGCGGAUGUUCAAUUGCCACAUCAACGUUGAGGUCUGCUCUAGCAUAAAGGCCGUCAAAUAUCUUUACAAGUACAUUUACAAGGGCCAUGAUAAGGCUUCUUUCAGCAUCGACCAGCCCGAUGCCGAUGGUAACAUCGAUGAGAUCAAGAGAUACGUUGACGCAAGGUGGGUCACCCCUCCGGAGGCUAUGUGGAGGAUAUUUGGCUUCCCACUUUGCGCCAAUUACCCGCCUGUCUUGCAGUUGCCUCUUCAUCUCCCAAAUAUGCACAGGGUUGCAUUCAAUGCGCAGGCUGACUUGAAAAAUGUUGUCGCCUCCGAAAAUGCUUCAAAAUCCAUGUUAACAGAGUAUUUCAAGGCUAACCAGGAACACCCUUGGGCUAGGCAUAUAUUGUACAAGGAUUUUCCCGGAAGCUUCACGUGGCAGAAGAAAAAGAAGUUUUGGAAGCCUAGGGUCGAGCGUUUUCAAAUAGGUCGCAUCGUGUCUGCCAAUCCUGCCGAGGGGGAGCGAUACUACCUGCGUGUGUUGCUAAACCAUGUUACGGGCAAAACAUCCUUCGACGACUUGCUCACCGUGGACGGCGUGCUAUGUGGGAGCUUUAGAGAUGCUGCUGAAAGGUUGGGACUCAUCGAGGCAGACAACACGCUCGACGACUGUCUUACUGAGGCUGAGCAGUGGGCGAUGCCAUGUUCUCUUAGGAGGCUCUUCGCAACCAUCUUGGUGCACUGCGAGCCAGGCGACGUGCGCGGUUUAUGGGAUAGGCACCUCGAGCCUAUGUCAGAUGACUAUCGUCGAACACGCACGUCCCCGAACGAGGUGGAGCAGAUGGUGUUGCUUGACAUUAGGGGUAUGUUGCAGUCCAUGGGUAAAGACAUUGUUGAUUUCGCUCUGCCAAGCAUCGAUGAUGCGUUUGACCCAACCGAGGGCGAGGCAAGAGAGGUCAUCGAGGAAUCAACCGUUGAGUUUGACAUGGAUGACACUAAAUUGGCAUCUUCCCUGAACUUGGAGCAGAGGGCCGCAUACGACGAGAUACUAGCGGCUGUUGAACGUGGUGAUGGGGGUGUAUUCUUUGUUGAUGGCCCUGGAGGUACAGGAAAGACCUUCCUAUACAGGGCGAUGCUUGCCAAGGUGAGGAGCGUUGGCAAGAUUGGUAUCGCUACCGCGACGUCGGGCGUCGCCGCUUCUAUCAUGCCUGGCGGCAGGACUGCCCACUCGAGGUUCAAGAUCCCAUUGAGUUGCGAUGAUGGAGCCUCGUGCAGCUUCACCAAGCAGAGUGGGACCGCGAAGCUGCUAAGGAUGGCCUCAUUGAUAAUAUGGGACGAGGCCAGCAUGACGAAGCGACAAGCGGUCGAGGCAUUGGACAAUAGCAUGCGCGACAUUAUGGGAAUACGCGACCGACCCUUUGGAGGAAAGACUGUUGUUUUUGGUGGGGACUUUAGGCAGGUGCUUCCGCGGUCGUCAGAAGGGGGUCGCGGGGCCAGAUAA